AUGUCAUUCCAAAAGAUACCAAUUCUUGAUUUGAAAUUAGCUUUCGAUCCAGAAACCAAACCCCAGUUUUUACAUGAUUUAAGAGAUGCCAUGAUUAAUGUGGGGUUUCUUUUGCUCAAAAACUAUGAAUCCCUCGGCCCAUCCGAACAAGAAUUAGAACAAAUCAAACAACAAACAAUCGAAUUCUUUGCCUUACCCGAUGAAAUCAAAUCAAAAUGUGAAAUGAUCAAUAGUCCUCAUUUCUUAGGAUAUUCCCGAUUAGCGAAUGAAAUAACGGCUUCUCAUACGGAUUGGAGAGAGCAAAUAGAUUUGGCCACCGAAUUACCCGGUCCAAAAGCAUACGAGCCAAUUUAUAAAAAUAUCGAAGGUCCAAACCUUUGGCCAGAUGCUGAAGCUAUACCUAAAUUCAGACCUACAAUUGAAAAUUUUCUUGCCAAGAUGACGAACUUAAGUGAACAAUUUAGAUAUUUAGUAUUAGAAUCAAUUGGUUUAGACCAGCAUGCUUUGGAUGCAUAUUUCAAACCAAAUCAACAAUGUAAGAUGAAAUUAAUUGCUUAUCCAGACAGGAGUGCCUUGAAUGGUUCCACAUCAGUAGCAUUGAAUGAUACUCCGGACACUAAUCAAGGUGUUGGCCCACAUCGUGAUUCCGAUUUGAUCACAUAUAUCUACCAACCAACCCCACAUAAGAAUUCUUUACAAGUGCAAAAUUUCCAAGGACAAUGGGUUACUGUGCCAAAUUUACCUGGCCAUUUAGUUGUUAAUAAUGGACAAACGUUAGAAGCUAUCACGCUUGGGGUUUGUAAAGCCACUAUCCACCGUGUGCUCAUCCCUGAACCUGGAUCAGGUACUAGACUCUCAAUUCCAUUCUUCCAGACUAUUGAUUUAGAUGCUUAUAAAGCUGCUGUUGAGAAUAUCCCGGAGGAAGUUAUUCAAUUGAGAAAAGAAAGAGAUAAGAAGAUAAAAGAUUGGGCUGUUGAUGUUGGAUUCCAAUUUCAACCCGAUGUUAAUAAGCAUCCUGUUGGGUAUGCUGUUUUCAAGAAUAGAAUUAAAUCGCAUCAAGAUGUUGCAAAAAGAUGGUAUCCUGAAAUCUUACAGGAAGUGUUACAAGAAUAUUCAUUCUAA